GGUGGCACAAGCCAUCAUAAGUUUAGUUUCCUGGAUUCAGUCUUCAACUGCAUAGCGUACAGGACACACUUCUAGUCAGAGGAACAAAUCACAGCCGAAUAAUAAAGAUGAUUCCGCAAACCGAAAAUACAGACUCUAUUGAAGAGACUCUGCUCGAGGAAUGCCAAUUCUUCGAGGAUUGCGGAGAAAGUUCUUGUGAUCGGGCGGAAACAGCUAUGGAGGUGUAUCACAGAAUCCUCCAACGCUUAAGCACCCAUCCGCAGGAUUACUCCACAAAAAUGGAUGAAAGCGAUUUUAUGAAACAAAUCUGGAUAGCCAGUUUCACGGGAGGCCCAAUACAAUAUCGUUGCUAGUUUAAUAUUCCAAAUGAUUUUUGUGAUAAAUGAAUAUAAUUAUUUAAAGAAAGACCUACAAAGUCCAAUUAAUUCAGGGAUAACUCCAUAAAGAAAAUAAAAACCUUAUAGCAGUACAUUUUUAUU